AUGGCUUUCUUUGAGUUCAGCGACCGUUUGGAAGCAGUCAUGAAGAAAGCCUACAUCUACAGAUUGUUGUAUUCUCUCCACAUCAACGCCUGUCUGUUCUAUUGGGGUUCUGACUAUGAGGGGCUGGGGUCCACUAAGUGGGUCUACGACGGCAGAGGGAACAGUUAUAUCCGGUGUUACUACUUUGCUGUAAAGACCGUGAUCACAAUCGGUGGUCUCCCGGACCCCACCAACGUGUUCGAGAUCACAUUCCAGCUCGUCAACUACUUUGUUGGUGUCUUUGCUUUCUCCAUCAGGAUGGGUCAGAUGAGAGAUGUGGCGGGGGCUGCCACAGCAGGACAGAACUACUACCGGGCCUGCAUGGACAACACCAUCAAGUACAUGACCUCCUACCACAUCCCCAAAGAGGUCCAGAACCGAGUGAAGACCUGGCACGACUACACCUGGAAGAUACAGGGCAUGCUGGAGGAGCAGGAGCUGUUGAUCCAGCUGCCAGAUAAGAUGAGGGUGGACAUGGCUGUGGAUGUUCACUACUACAUUGUCAAUAAAGUGGCCCUGUUUCAGGGCUGUGACAGACAGAUGAUAUUUGACAUGUUGAUGAGGCUCGAGUCUGUGGCAUACCUGCCUGGGGACUUUGUCUGUAAAAAGUGUGGGCAGGGUGAGAUCGGCAAGGAGAUGUAUAUCAUCAAGCAGGGGGCGGUUCAGGUGGUGGGAGGACCUGAUUUGAAAACUGUGUUUGUAACAAUCAGGGCCGGCUCUGUGUUUGGAGAAAUCAGGAAAAUGCUGACUAAGAAUAAGAAGCCAGAGGAAAAGGCAGAGGUGAAGGAGACUGCCGAGAUUAUCCCAGACAGGCCAGAGACCCCCAAGCUGUUGAAAGCAGCCCUGGUGGUUACAGAGCAGGCAGGCAUUAAGGGCACCUUUGCCAAGCUGAAAGAGGGCUACAAACCUACUGAGACUGAGUCCUCUGGACUCCACAUACCUCCUCCCUCCCCGAUGGUGUACCGUCGCUCCCCCAUCCCCCCUACACAUCUUCGCGUCGAGGAUGACGAAAAUGUGGUUUCCCGAGACGACCGACAGCAUGAUGCUCAUCCUCAUGACAUGCCGUCACAAAAGCGAGGAGCUCCUGUCCAUUAAGCAGAAAACUGGAGAGGAAGAGGAGGAGAUUGAGAAGAAAUAGGAGACUGAAAAGGAAAUAGACAGAAAGAGAAGGGGAAGAAAUGUUGUGGUCCUCCACUACUUUUCUAUGCUCUUCUUGGUAUAUAUUGACAUUGAGACUUCAGACCGAAAUGGUUAAAAAAAACAUUCUCUCUCUAUUGCCGCGUUCACUUCAUGUUAGAAACUGGACCUCCGAGACAAAAUUAACUUAAGUUAUUUGCAUAGAGCUUCCCAUUGGUGGGAAACUCGGGUACCAUCUUUUUUAUAAUGAGUAAGCAAGGUACCAUCUUUUUUAUAAUGAGUAAGCAAGUCGGAAAUUUUGGAGUUUCCGACAAGACGUGAACAUGACAUAUGUCCCCCUCGGAAAAGUUCCCUUUACAGAUUUAUCCUUUAAUAUUCUGGGAUAUUCUGUGUACCCCUUCUGUCCCUCACUCCCUCAU